AGAGAAACUGCAGCUGAUGGAGAAUUUGCUUUGGAUCGACGGAGGGCACAGGCAGGACGCAACGGCAGAUAAACGCACGAAAACGCCAACAAGAGCGAGAGAUGGUUCAAUGAACGAUUAUUGUGAAAGACCUCAGUCUGAGCCCAAAAUACCUGCAAUCAAAAAAAGUGAGAGUUCCUGGGAAAAUAUUUGUCCUCCCCAAGAGAUGCACGUCAUCCAUCAGAUUGAAGAUGGUGCUCUUGUUUUGGAAACAGUGCCUACCACAGUGGUGAGAGACCAGCCUGAGUUGAUUGUGAUCAAGGAGGAACCUUCAGAGGUGGACGUAUGGGGUAGUGGGCCAAAGACCGAACUCAUAAAUGAAAAUGGAGCAGCAACAUCACUUGAUACAGAUGUUGGGUGUCUCGAUGUGCUUCAGCAUUGUCCAGACAGCUCAGACAACCACCCUAUAUUUACUGAGAGCCAGGUGAACCACAGCACUCAGCCCUCCGGAGUGCAAUUGGAGGACCUGGACACGCAUUGGACGCCACCUGCAUGUUCACAGAGCCAGGAUGCGCAGCAGAUCACACCUGCUGCACAGAGAAACUCCAUAACUGGAAACAGCUGUGGUGGUAUAACAAAUGUGCCCUCUCAGAGCUUCAGUGUGGCAAAGUCGAACAUGAAGAUCCACAGCCUGAGAACAUCAGGAGCUAAACGAUUUGGCUGUAUGCAAUGUGGCAAGAACUUCAGGUGUUCUAGUCAGCUGGAAAUACACCAGCGAAGUCACACUGGAGAGAAACCGUACCGAUGCACGCUGUGUGGAAAGAGAUACGCACAGAAAGGGCAUCUUUAUACCCACCAACGCACACACACCGGAGAAAAGCCAUAUCGCUGCCUCGACUGUGGCAAGAGCUUCAUUCAAAAAUGCACUCUCGAUAUGCACCAGCGCACCCACACCGGAGAAAAACCUUAUGUUUGUGUGAAAUGUGGGAAGGGAUUUACUAAAAACUGUAACCUUAAGAAACACAUGGGUGUACAUACAGAGUUUAGCAUGCAUGUUUACAGUGAGUCCAGUUUACAAGAGGACAGAUGGACAAAUAGACCUCAUCCGUACUAGUACCAACCAUAGGCCUACAGCCUCUGCAGUGGAUUUGCUGGACUUCAGUCAUUCAAAGUUUUCCUCAUAGAAUAUUAGUCUUUGCUUUUCAGAAAAAUUAAGCUGUCCUAUUUUUCAACAUUUGCCAGGUCUCUA